AUGGCAAGACACGCGCAGGAUGCCCAUCUGUCGACUGAGGAAGAUGCGGUAUCGGAUGCCAGCGGAACGGUGAAACCGGAUGCGGUCCGCGAAGAGGCUAACGGGUAUCAACAAAACACCACAUCAGGAGACGACACGGAAGAAGAGGAAAUGAAGAAGAAAGAGCCUGGGAAGUUCAGGAAGACAUGGGACAAGCUGGGGCUGGACGCUCCGACGCUCAUGAUGAUGGGCAAGGCAGCGCUGCCACCGACGAUCGCGCUCGCCAUGUAUCAAGCAGACAAGGUCGCGGCAACGUUCACGACGCUUGGGUAUCUCACGGCCAUCAUCUCGAUUCUAGGAUUCUGCAUCAUGCCGAGAGCCAAGUUCAUUCAGACGAUGACCUUGAACGUGAUCGCUACUUGCUUCGGUUCGGCUCUCGCCUUGUUGAUGGUGUGGUCUGCGGUCAAGGCACGAGAGCACACGACGGUCCCCGGCGCACCUGUAUCGCGGUACAACUCGUCGCAAUCGGCGGUUCUGGGUGUCUGGUUGUUCUUCCAGAUUUACAUUGUCAGCGCCAUGAAGGCUAAGUUCCCGCAACUGGCGUUCCCGGCUAUCAUCUACUGCAUCCAGGUCAAUGUCGCUGCAACGUCUGGCAUUCGGCUCAUGACAUCUGCACAGUGUGAGAGUUUCAUCCGGCGGCUGUUGGAAGCAUUUCUUACUGGAUUUGGCAUCGCUACUGGCGUCAGUCUAUUCAUCAUACCUGUCACUUGCCGAAAGGUCGUCGUGAAGGAGAUGACCGGGUAUGUUGGGCUUCUCAAGGCAGCCAUUGCGGCGCACAAGGGCUACAUCCACAGCCUGGAAGGGUCGGACAUGUUCGGAUCGACAUAUGUUCCUGAAGCCGAGGACGGCGAAGAUGCAGACACGGAGAGGAAGCCGAAGACGAAGCCCGAGAUUGCGGCUGUCAGAAAGGCCAUUGCAGGUCUUCAGGAGCUGCACGGGAAGCUCACUGCCGAUCUUACGUUUGCCAAGAGGGAAGUUGCGUACGGUAAACUCACGCCAGACGACUUCGAGGCCAUGUUCAAGCACCUGAGGGCUAUCCUGAUGCCUGUGCUUGGUUUGGGCUCAAUCAUGGACCUGUUCGAGCGAGCGGCAGAGAGCAACCACUGGGACGGCGAAGAUGUGUCCGAACACGACCACGAGCUGCGCGAAAAAGCAGUUGCGGAAUGGAACGAGCUGUUUUCGUUUGUGCAUGAGCCGUUUGACCACAUCAUGCAGGUCAUGGACGAAGGCCUCACGCACGUCAUGCUCAGGAUGCAGUUUGUCAAGCCGCCCAAGAAGAAGAAGGGCCAGAACCAGGACGAUACGGAGGCCAAGGGCGGUGUUGUGAAGCCUGGCGACGAGAACUUUGCCGAGCACAUGGAGAAGCAAGCAGAUGUAUUCUACAGCGCAAAGGAGCCCAUGUUGCGGCAUUGGGUCGAGAGCAAGGGUAUCAAGCUCAGCGCCGACUACUUCUCGCGCCCUGGCCAGAUGGACGACGAAACACUGAAGCGGCUUCCCAGUAUUACAACAAGGAAGGGUGAUCAGCGUCAGCUGUACCUGGUGCUGUAUGCCAUGUUCCUACUCAACUCGACCAGCCGCGCGAUUCUCGAGUUGGUCAAGUUUGCCGAUGGGCACGACCAGGCGACAGCAAAGAGGAAGAUUAUCAACCCCGGAGGACGGCGUCUGAAGAAGUGGGCCAAGAGCAUCUUUGCGGCGCAGGACUCAACCCACGAUGACGAGACGACAAUCGCCGGGUUCGACAGGAACAACACCACCGUGUACAUGGGCGAGGCAUACAGCAGCCAGAAGGAUCCCGAGCACCUGCCACCCAGGAACGGCUGGGAGAGGUUCGGUAACGUGAUCCGCGGAUGCGCCAGCUUCCUGCGCUCACCUGAAUCGGCGUUUGGCUUCCGGGCUGCGUGCGCGACCAUGUCCAUUGGCAUCAUCGCGUUCCUGCACGACACGCAGACGUUCUUCACCGAGCAGCGUCUCAUCUGGGCCAUGAUCAUGGUGGCCAUGUCCAUGACGCCCACGGCAGGGCAGUCCAUCUUCACGUUUGUGCUCCGCAUCGGCGGCACGUUUGUCGCCAUGCUCUUCGCGUGGAUGAUCUGGUACAUUCCCGACCAGAAGACGGGCGGGGUGCUCCCGAUGCUGUGGCUCUUCGUCGCAAUCGGCUUCUACAUUCCGCUCAAGCGCAUGGAUCUCGUCGUCGUCGGCAUGAUCAGCGUCGUCAGCGCCACCAUGAUCGUCGGCUACGAACUGCAGGUCCGCAAGCUCGGCGUCAAGGCGGCAACCACCACGGGCCAGCCCGCCUACCCCAUCUACCAGCUCGGCCCGUACCGGCUCGCGACGGUGGUCGGUGGCUUGGGCGUGGCCUUCUUCUGGACCGUGUUCCCGUACCCGAUCACGGAGCACAGCGCGCUGCGGCAGAAGCUGGGCGGCGCGCUGUACCUCUCGGCCAACCUGUACUCGAUCAUGCACGAGCAGGUCAUGGCGCGGAUCCGGGGGGACGCGGGGGACGAGGAGAACGACAGGUCGUCGCCCGGGUUCAUGCUGAACAAGGCGCGCAACAAGGUCUUCUCCAAGCAGAUGCUCGCGCUGCAGGCGCUGAAGAUGCACUCUGGGUUCGUGCGGUUCGAGUUCCCGCUGGGCGGCAAGUUCCCCGCAGACGACUACGCAAAGAUCAUCGGCUACCUCAACAGCAUCGUCAACUACACGGCGCUGCUGGGGUACGCGAGCCAGGCGUUCGCGGCGACGCAGCCGGUGCCCAGCGCGGACGACGCGGCGCAGACAAGCCCGCAGUGGCUCACGGACUUUCGCCGCAUCAUGCAGGACGCCAACGUCACGAGCCACGAGAUCACGACGCUGCUGAGCCUGCUGAGCAGCAGCAUCACGACGGGCCAGCCGCUGCCGCCGUACCUCAAGGCGCCGCAGGGCUACCAGCUGAGCCGGCGCCUGGAGGCGGUGGACGCGGACAUUUUGUCGCUGCGGCACAUUGCCGAGCCAGGGUAUGCGGCGUUUGCCGUCAUGGCCAUCAGCACGCGGUGCAUAUCGAUGGACAUUGAGCGGUUGUUGAAGGCGGUCAGGAAGCUGGUCGGCGAGCUGGAUUUCUCCUUCCACGUUGUCAGCACGAACGCUGGCGAUAACUCGUCUGCAGAGACGCUAGUCAAGAGCGCGUCGAUGCGCAGCAAGCAGGAGUAG